GUUGCCGUCGCACCUGCUCGCGUCGCACAUGGAUCGUCUGUCAGGCACGGGGGUCUACUCACCUUCAAGAGGUCUCGAUGUGAUCGAAGCGACACCUAGGCCGCGGUCGAGCCCCGCUCAUCCCAUGGAACUAAUCGAUAACGGGCUGUCGCUGAUCCCGACGUCGCACUCGACGGGUAGCUCGUCCAGUGCAUCCGGCUCGACACCCAUCACGCCUCUCAAUGUCCCGGUGUCCGACGAGCUCAUGUACUCGCUGGACUUCCCGCCGUCCGCGCUCGUACCCAGCAGCGGCUUCACGCCCGAAUUGGGUUCGUUCUCGCAGUUCGAGGGCCCGAGUGCGUGGCUCUGCCAGGACAUGGAUCCGACGCCAACGCUGGCUGGGGACGACAAGAGUUUCACCAUGCUGGAGCGUGAGCUCAUCCGCCACAUGUAACCGUACUCUGCUGUAUCUUUGAUCUCGUGUAUAUCUUGUGGCUAUCUCUGUACUUUGACUGGAUACUAUACCUCAUAACUGCUAGUGCCCUCUGUUACACUCUUGUAUCGUAGAUGCGUAAACGUAAUU